AUGGAAGAUCAUUUGAAUACAAAAAGCAAUAGCACGCAGGUAAACUUUUCUUCAGAAGAUAUUCAUCUUCUACGGAGAGAACUCAAACAAAAGCAGAAGGCAUUAAUGAAACGACAUGAAUUAUUGAAAAAGCAGCUUCAAACGAGAAUUGCUUCCAGAAAUUUGGUUAAGCAAUUAACGACAAGUAAAAGCAAAACAACAUUGAACACUGACAGGCAAAAAUGUAUGAAAGCGCCGAAAGUAAGUUUAGCGCUAGAAAAACAACAGAGGCGAUUACUAGAAACAGUGUAUAGAAAUAGAGUUGCGUAUAGUUACAAAAAUCGAAUAUCGUUAGGUGGCUUGAAAUAUGUCUUAAUCCAUGGAGGGAACACGUUAGCAUUAGUAUCAUCUGAAAAUGAAUCCACGAAGCAUAAAUUAACGAGUAUCGACGACUUAGAAUUAUGGAUUGUUUACAUGCACAAGAAAUACGUAAAAGAUUAUUUUGGAAACUACAACUUGCAAGAAAAAGAUCAUCUAUACAAUAACACCAAGGGUGAAUGUGUGUAUUAUACGAGAAACGGUUACUGCCAAAAUUUGAGAUGCAAAUAUAAACACACACCUGGUCAUGUUGCCUUGUGCCCGAACAUAAUGUCCACUCAGCAUGAAUGUAAUAACAAUCACUGCCAUUUAUCACAUGAACCUUCACAAUUUAAUGCUCCCUCUUGUAAGUUUUUUCAAGAAGGUAAAUGCUCGAAUGUGAAUUGUGUUUUCUCGCAUAAGCUCGAAGCAGAAGCUGACACUCCUGUUUGCAGACCAUUCGCUAUUAAUGGAUACUGUGAUCUUGGGCGAAAAUGCCCAUACAGGCAUGUUUUUGAUUGCCCAGAUAUGCAGGAGUACGGAUAUUGUAUGAGAGGUUCAACAUGUCACUUAAAUCAUUCAUUUAGUGUGAAGAAAAACGGUAACAAUGAUAAGGGGCCCAGGAAGGCCAUUCGAAAUUCGGAUAAUGAUGAGGUGGUGACGUAUAUUGAUGACAACCGGUCAAAAUCCUCUAAAUUUAUUGUAGCGGACCAAGAGUUGUUGAAAAGAAAAGUCUCAAAUCCAUCUGGGAGCGAAGAUAUCAUUUCGGAGUCUGGGUAUUUACCUCAGAGCGGUGAUGAAGAUAAGCAGCUUUCAGGGAACAAGGAUUUUGUUCAUGUCUAA